AUGAUUCGGCAACCAAGUGUAUCUUUGUUGGUUAUGAUGCAUUAUGGGAUUGGGGAAAAACAGAAUGUGGAGCAUGUUUCUGUUCCUAUAAGUUUUGAGGAAAAUCCUGAACCACUAAAGAAGAGGAUGAAGUCACAGUUCACCUACAACAGUAUCUCAGAUGAAAGUGGCUUAGGUUCAACUAGUGCCAGUUCACAAAGUGCAUCACCAAUUCUACUCAUAAGCUUCAAAGAUAAAGCUUGGCAGAAAGCUGUGGAGGUUGAAACGGAGAUGAUUGAUAAAAAUAAGACAUGGGAAUUGGUAAACAGACCAAUGGAGAAGCCAAUAAUUGGUGUUAAAUGGGUUUAUAAAACUAAGUUGAAUCUUGAUGGUUCAAUACAGAAACACAAAGCUAGGCUGGUGGUCAAAGGUUAUGCACAAAAGCCUGGAAUUGACUUCAAUGAAACUUUUGCUCAUGUUGCCAGAUUAUACACCAUUAGAACUCUUAUUGCAUUGGCAAUUCAAAAGGGGUGGAAGCUGUAUCAAUUGGAUGUCAAGUCUGCUUUUCUAAAUGGUGUGCUUAAGGAAGAAGUAUAUGUGGACUAG